CUGAAUAACCCUGCUCCAUAAUACUUUUCGGAGGCGAGAUCAGCCGCUGUCAGCCGGAAGCUAGCACACUUAAGAACUGAAGACUCCUACUGGUGACAGCACCAACCAAAAAUUCGAAAACUUGCAUUACAUCACGUCAAAACGAAGUAACAAUGGAGCCCGUAGAAGACACGAAGCACUUUAUCCCCUUCGCGCUACUCAUCCGGAGUAGAACGCUAAUCCUUGUCCCUGCACUGAUUGCGAAAACACUGCCUACUUACCGAGCCUUCUUUGCCAGCCUCCAUGCCAGCAAGGAAUUUUGUGAAAUGGGCUUCGGGCAGGGGUUCCCGGCAAGGUCAUGGAGCGACGAGGAAACAUUAGCAGCCCUUGAAAGAUCUUGGAAGAGAGAUACGGAAAUGGGCGAUUUCGCUGUUGGCCGACUCGCAGAGGAAUGUGACCUCUCCAGACUCAAAGACUGCGAAGGAAGAGAACUAGGAAAGGGGAUGCAAGAAGUUGUGAUUCUUGUGGGACAUGACCUCGAUCUGUUGCACAUGGAAUCCGUCGACUGGGUAGGAUAUGCAGGUGUCCGCGACGCAAGCACGACAUCUAUGCCGCCGCGAGCCUCAGAUGACCCUCCCCUUCCGCCUUGGCGUGAGAUGGUUGAGCUGAGGUAUGGUGUCGCACAAAAGUGCUGGGGCUCGGGAAUAGCGAGAACUGCGGCAGAGGCUGUUAUGCGAUGGGCUGUGGUUGAAAGAGGUGUGAGACGCUUCAUUGCAGAGACAGAGAGGGACAACAGCAGAAGUGGGAGGGUUCUUGAAAAGUUAGGCUUCACUCCGAGUGGGACGAACUACUGGAAGGACCCAGGGGAAAUUGAGUGGGAGAAGGUCCCACAUGGUAUGCAAUGAUAGAUUAUGAUUCAGAGCGAGAGUGAGAGAGAAUGAGAAUGAUAGGUUCCGGUCAUAAGACUGAGGUAGGUGGGAUUGGGUAUCAAAUGUGUGGUUCGUUCGAACACCGACAGAAGCUGAUGUGUGCUGUUAAUGAAGGCUGUCAGAGCGGGAAGCUUGGUCUGAGUUCCGAGGGGAAGCGACUUCAAGAUGACCCUCUGCUGCGUCUAAAUCUGGUCUCUGUUCCCUAGCAACAAUCUGGAAUGAUUUACCAACUUCCCUAGGGUUGACGCCAUUUGCUUAUUUGUCCGCUUGGUCAUAUUCUGAGAAGUAGGGAAUCUAAAGUUCACCAGUAGUCGUGUAUAAUCAACAGGAUAUCAAUAGUGCCUUGGCAAUUCAGA